CUUCGGCUAUAAAUACCCCUCGAAAGCCUUUCUCACCUUAUUUCGUCUAAGCGUCCAAGCAUUGGAUUAGUCGUCUGUCUAUCUUUAUAAAUCUAAAAAAUCUCGGUUUUCGGUUCAGAUCUAGGGUUUAAUAUCAUCAAACGAUUCAAUCUCCGUUCGAUUUCUUGAUCGCUGGUGUUGUUCUGUUAAAAUUUUCAAUGAUUUCAUAUUCUUGAUGAGCUGCGCAAUUCUCAUGCGUCGGAUUCGGAUCCUGCACUCCUUCUCGGUUGUAUUCCUCUACUGGUUCUACGUGUUUUCAUAAAUUUUCCCUCUAAUUAAUUAGUUACUUCAAACAAUCCUCAUUUUUUCUUACCCAACAACUCUCAAAACCCUAAAUCUUCACACCGAUUGUAAACCCCCAAAUUUUACCUAAAUUGUAAAACCCCUAUCAAAAAUUUCAAUCAAUUCAAAAGAAUCCAGUAGGUAAUUUUCCGGGAGAGUGCCAGGAAAGAUGGAUUCAACGAAACCGAGUUCACGAUCCGAUGGGGACCCGAGGUAUGCGGGAGUGGUCGAUGAGAGGAAGAGGAAGAGAAUGAUAUCGAACAGGGACUCGGCGAGGAGGUCUCGGAUGAAGAAGCAACAGCAUGUGGAUGGUCUGACCACUCAAAUUACCCAAUUGCAAAGCGAGAACAAUCUAAUUGCUGAUCAGAUCAAUGCCGUUGCAAACAUGUACGUUGGGCUUGAAUCCGAGAACAAUGUUCUGAGAGCUCAACUCGCAGAGCUGACUGAUCGUCUAAGGUCGUUGAAUUCGGUGCUUCAGAUCGUGGAGGAGGUUAGCGGGCUUGCAAUGGACAUUCCUGAAAUCCCAGAUGCUUUGCUUGAACCAUGGCAACUCCCUUGUCCAAUGCAGACUUCUGCAAGCAUGUUUCAAUGCUGAAUGAAUACUAGUCUCCUCAUCAUCCAAGUAUGGUUGAGUUGAUAGACCACUCUUUCUAUGGAUUUGGUUUUCAUGGUUUUCAAUGUUUAUGUAUGUUUGUCUGCUUUAUCUGUUGUUUAGCUUGAGUUUAUUAUUAGAUGUGGCUUUGGGGUUUUCAAUGUUUAUGUAAUGUUUGUCUGCUUUAUCUGUUGUUUAGCUUGAGUUUGUUAUUAGAUGUGGCUUUGGGGUCUGAAAUUGGUAGUGUUCUUGGAUCAGACUUUCUAUGUUAUAUUUUAGCUUGUUUGAAUUGUCAAAAACAAUUUGCCAUGUUCUAUACUAUAUGGUUGAUUUGUGGUUGUAAUUCAAAUUACUCAAUGUGGUUUCUAAUUGAUCAUA